AUGGAGUGUGUUAAGAUUCAAAAUAAGAUAAAAUUACUGUUUGAAAAACUUACAGAGCCAAACUAUGUGCUUGAUAGCUAUUACGCCGAUGGGCUUAUCACCAAGCUAUCAAACUGCUCCGAUCCCGAGGUAUCGUUUCUAAAAAGAGUGCCUUUAAUAUCUGAUCUGAUUACCGAAGCCCUGGACCACACUGACAAUGCACACAAUACAGUCAAAGUAUUCCUCAUGCGAGUCCUUGCUAUCGCGUCACAAAAAGAGUUGCAUUUCGCUAAAAUGUUCGCUAAGCAAGGCGACAGAAUACGCGCUGGGUUCCAAGAGAUCUGUGCGCCUAACUCGAACCCAAGUAUUAGAGUAGCAUACAUGGAAGCAGCCCUGAAUAUAGUCACACAUAACUCUGGCGUCAGCUGGCUACUAGAAAGUGGAGUAUGGAAGGACAUAAUCAGUCUAUGUAACGAAAAAUCAACGGUAUUCCUUGUACGCCAAGUAUACAAGUUCAUGUCAGAAUUUCUUUGGAAACUCAACGCUUUAGGCGAUGCAAACAAUAUCAGGACAAUAGUCAGUCACUUAUUACAACCAAUUAGCAAAUAUGAUUUCAUCAAUGUCCAGUCACUGACGAGUGAAGAAGAGGAAGAAAUAUGCAUCGUUAUUGAGCCAACAGUCCAAAUACUAUUACAUACAGCAAGCAUGGAGAGACGCAUUGAAAAUGCAAGUGUACUUAUGCACAUAAUAAUCAAAGAAUUUAAAAUAAGUUCAUAUUUGUUAAUAGCAUGCGAACGAAUACGCAAAGACGAUAUGAUAUUGAAUAUUUUUAAACUAGUACAUUGGUUGACAUUAGCGAAAGUUUUCCUCACAAAGCCGAUGGCACCUGGAGUGCUAUACAGCAGCGAGGACUUCCUGGAAGUAGCCGCAUUCAAUUUCAAUGUGAUACAGAAUUUUGUUCAGCGUCGCAGUGCGACAUCAAUCCUGGACUUUUGUUCUACUUGCAAUAUGAUUUGGAAUAGGAUGUACAAAGACAGAGAAUCAGAAAUGUGGAUACAAGAAAACAAGAAAGGAGUUAUGAGAAACCAAAUGUUGUUUAUAUUUUUAGUUCCUGUCUUGGUAUUUGUUACAUACGGGAAGCCACAGUCAGCGUUGACGGACGCGAGAAUCCACGACUACAUAGAGAGACUGUUGAACAUGUCCUGUGAAUAUACAGCGAAAGCUGCUUAUGCUUUCAGGGAUUUGACGUCGGAAUUGGACACGUUGUCAGUAAUUCUUCAAUGUGUUAAGAAGCUGAUACAUUUGAAGGAUCAUUUAAACGACGAGCAAGCGAAUUUAGUAUUCCAAGCUUUAUUUCAUGUGCUACAAGAGUACAAUCCGACUGAUAUGUAUGGGGAUCCUAAGACAGAGCAGUUCGAAGACGGAGAACAGAAGAAUCUUGUGAUGACGUAUGUGAUGGACAACGUGCUGUCGUUAGUCACGCACCGUAACAUCAACUGGCAUGAGAGUGUAGAGAUCAUGUGCCUGUAUAAUGUUGCUAUGAACAAUUUGGAGAGAACCAACCUCAGUUGCAAAUUCGUCGUGGUAUCCCUAAAAGUAAUAGGAUUGACUGUGAAGAAGUUUUUACAACCAAACCUUUCUUUACUAAUGGAUUCGAAGCCAGGAGGCUCGAUCCAUGACUUAGGCAAACUGAUCUAUAUGAAGAUGCACGACCGACAUUGGGAAAUUAGAGACACGGCAUUGGAAUUAUUGCAGAUAUGCACCGAGAUUGCUUAUAUCAAAUUCCCACCAUUCCAGAACCAAUUAUUAGAAAAUAAUGUAAUAAACGUAGCGGCCACGAUUGCAUUCAACGAUUAUGAGUCGUACGUGCAGGUGUCGGCACUCAAGUGCGUAGGCGCAGCGAGCCGGAUCAAUGUUGUUUGGGACCAACUAAUCGCAGAGUACCCUGAUAUACAGGAUCGAUUACUCUACAUUCUACGGCACAAUGAAGAAGGCAUCGUGAGAAAAGAAGCAUGUAGUGUUCUAUGCGACUUGUACCAGAACAUGAAACUGACGCCAGCCUUCACACAGACGCUAUACGAACACAUGGUCUCAUCCGCCCUCACAGAUUUCCACUGGGAGGUCCAAAUCAGUGCACUCAAGUUCUGGAGGGCCGUCUACCACUCCCUCCUCACCGGACAAGGUAUGCUCGACGGAAACUUCCCACCAGUCACAUUUUCUAGAGAAACUAGAAAAAUAGUCACGCUCAAUGAAGCAGAGAUUCAAAGGAGAUUAAUAAAAAUAUUAGAGGAACUAUCAGCGAUCGGAUGUCUUACCGUCUUUGUUACAUUACUUCAUGACCAAACUGAAGUAGGGAUAAUGGAAGCCACUCUAAAUAUAGCACAAGAACUUUAUGAUAUACUUAAAAGACAUAAUGUACCAGACACUAUUACACCGAAAGAGGGUGAUAUAACUAGCGUGGAUCAACUACUCACUCAUAUUAAAGAAGAAAAGGAUUAUACAGAUGACAAUGUAGACAUGAUUGAUGCGCAGAGCUCUGAGAAUGUUAUAGAGGAAAUUUUAAACGCAGAUGACGUCAACCUACUCGCUAGUAUAUACGAGAGACACAUGACACUACAAAGUACCAAACCAGAACCUCCCUUAAGACCAAAGAUAAAGGUAAUAAAAUUUGCUUCCCCCUACUUAUUCACCACAUACAUCAAAAAUACAGACUUUAAACAGAUUAUUGAAGAUAAGAGAGUAUGGAACGAUGGUAUUAGAAGUCUGUCCUCCCUACUCGAUGAUGUUCUAUGCCUAUAUGAAGUGAAUGAAGACGCCAAUGCACUAGAUUGUUAUUAA